AUGAAUUCCAAUUUUUAGUGGGUUUUUUGUGAAAAAAAGAUUUGUUUAUUUUUGAAAUAAAUGUGUUAUUUAAAUUUAUCAAUGGAAUAAAUAUCUACCUUUGAUGAUAAAAUAAUUGAAAUUCCUGAAUGUUCUAUAUGUUUACAAUCUUUACAGAAAGAUCUAAGUAUUUUAGUAAAUUGUGGACAUGUAUUUCAUUAAUAAUGCAUUUAUUAUUUGAAAGCAAGUGCUUAUAAUAAAUGCCCAAUUUGCAGAGUAAAAAUGAAUAAAAGAUGCGAUAUCUUUUAUAGUUUAAAAAUAAAACCGAUUGAAGAUGAACCUAAAUUUAUGACAAAUAUGAUCUAAAUUAUUAACUUGAAAGAAGAAAUUGAAAAAUUGAAAUAAACCAGAGACAAUGAUAAAGAAUCUUUAUUGAUUUUAGAAUAAAUGGUAAGCACAAGAGACAAAAAGAUUUAAAUACUUCAAAAAAAAUAUAGGAGUUCUAGAAUAGAAAUUUAAUAAAUCAAGGAUAAAUAUCAGGAUCUUAAAUCAGAUUUUUAAGAUCUAAAAAUAUUAAGUCAAAACUUUAGAAAUGGAUUAAAUAAAUUAAAUUAUAAAUUAGAAAGUUCAACAUCAACCUCAGAUGAUGAUGAAGAAAUAUCUAAUUCAUCAAAUGAAUCUAAUGAAUCAAAUAAUAUGAAGGAUCAAUUUAAAGAUAAAGUUUGUCAAAUGAUUCAAAGAUUUUUAAAACAACAAUAAACUUAACAAUUAUUAAAAGAUAAAAAAUAAAAAGAAAAAAAUUAAUCAGGGUUAGGAUCUAGAAGUUAAAAAAAAUUAUGUAUAAAAGAGAUUUAAUCUUUUGAAAAAAGUCUUAGGCAAUAUAAAUGA